GAGUGGCGCAAAUAAUGAUUUUUUCUAUUGUUUUCCAAUUUAAAUCUCCAGCUAGGAAAGACACAGUCAUUUGUUUAGUUUAGUAAUUUAGUUGUUUCCUGCAGUCACACAACCGGAUAAAAUGUCACUACAACUUCAAAUUGAAAAAUUAAAAGGUUUAGAUAACUAUAAACCGUGGUCUAUGACCGUACGCGCAUACUUAGAAUCGGAAAACUUGUGGACAGUUGUGGAAAACGGACCCGAAAGUAAUGAAGAAUCAAUGCUUAAGGACAAACGUGCGAAAUUUAUUAUUUUGUGUUUAAUCGAACAAAAGCUAUGCCAAUUCAUGGUUAGCAUUAGAACAGCUAGAGAUUUAUGGAAUUAUUUAAGAACCCAACACUCACUACGUUAAUUCUAAAAAAUUAAAUUAAAUUAACUAAGCAGUUUAAGUAAUAAUGUUUUAAU